GUUUAGUCAAUAAAUUCCUUUGGGGCAAUUAGUGGUAGAACUGGGUAACCCGUGAUCGAGUUUGUAUUUUAACUAGAGAUUAAUAAGUCAUGAUAACUAAUGAUAUACCAUCAAUUAAACCACGGAGAAAAUACGUCGAUGUUCCAGUACACAAACCAGAAAGAGAUAAUAUACCUCCUGAGCACCAAAAAAUAAAGAAAGUAUAUUCGGCAAAUUUUACCUCAAGAAAGCAUAAACACAAAUGCCUAAGUACCGACAAUAUACCGAAUAUUAGUGAAGUUAUAAUCGAAAUUCCCGACAAAGAUUUUUCCCUGUCAACUAAAAUCAGUAAAAAACAUUUGACUAAAGAAAUUGAAAGAUUGACUCAAAACAAUGAAGAUAUAACGGCCAAAUUUAAUGAACUUGAAGACUUGUCAGUCAAAAAAAUUCUAAAGUUAAAAGAAAAAAUUAAUAAUUUACAGAACGCAUACGAAGACGUAAUUAACCAAAACGAAAUAAUAAAAAGUCAGUAUUCUGAAUUACACGAAUCUUAUGGAGAAAUUUAUAAACAAUUAGAACUAAGUAAAGUGUGCAAUCAAUGUGACGAAUUAAGGGAGCAAAUUGAAAAAGUUGAUAAAGAAACUAAACAACUAAGAAAAGUCAAUAAUGAAGUUACGGAAGAUCUGGGUAUGCUAAAAACUGUUGUGUUUAGAUUGAAUGUCCAGUUGGAACGUUACCAAGAAAAACUCAGGAAAUACAACAUAGAAAUGGACAAAUACUCUCAUCUUCAACCUCAAAAGUUUUCUUCUACUGAUCAGUUUAAAGAAGAUGAAAUUAUCAAUAUACUGUCAAAGGAUCAUAGGCAUACUCCUAUAUCAUGGGGAGCAGUGAACAGCCAUACUUUAGGACCUUUGUUAGAUGCUUACCAAGACACGAUUAAUGAAAAAACUGAAAUAAUCCAAAACUACGAAUUUGAAUUUUCAAAAUUCACUGGUAAAAUAAAAGAAGUUAUUGAGGAGAAUGAAACCUUAUACAAGAAACUAACGGUUGACGAUAAUUGUAGUGCAAAAUUGGGUGUUCAAUUACAAUCUAUAAGGGCCGAAUUGAAGCUUACAAAAGAUCAAAACGACGCUUUAAUAAAAAAGUGCGCCAUAAAGCAAGACAAAAUUGAGGAGAUUCUAAAAGUUUACGAGAAUAAAGUUGAACAAAUGAAAAGGGAUUACCAAGUGGUUCAUGACGAAUACAUUAAGUUGCGUACAGAAAAUGCUUCCAUGAAAGAGAAAAAUAAGGCUUUGAUCGAUUCUCAGGAUGAUUUUCGUAAUGAAAGGCAAAAUUAUAUUCCUGUUUCUGUCCAUACUGCCAGUGUCAACGAAUGCAAAAAGUGGUAUGAGGAGUUGAAGCUGCAAUACGAAAACGAAAAGCAGAAAUUGAAAGAAAAUAUAGAAAAUCUAUCAAAAACAAUAAAUGAUCUUGAAAAAUCUAAGGACUUGGCCAAAGAGAAGGCGUAUAAAGCAGAAAAAGACCAAAAAAAAUGCGAAGCUAAACUUCUUGAUUUGGAACAUUCGCUGAACGAAGUUCAACUAUCGAGAAGCGCUUGUCGUAAGCAGCUACACAAAGCAAUGUGCUUCGCUAAAGACAUGGUAGCUGAGCAAGAGACUCUACUGAAAGCAUUGAAUCAGCGACAGCUUGAAAAUAGAGCUGUGAAACAAAUCGGGUCUGACAUGGCGCUCCGGAUGGACUCUUUGAAAAAUCAGUUAAAGGAUGUACAAAAAUCAGCUUGGCAAGAAUUCUCAACAGUAGAACAGAGGAUACAUGAACAAGCAGAUUUAAUCAAGACCAUGAAAGAUGACCACAGUAAGGAAAUUGAAGAGCUGCAACAAAUUAUUGCAGAACAAGAAGAGAAAAUUGGUAAACAGAAAGACGAUAAGCAUCAUGUUCCUAUUAGUCACUAUCAAUUGUUUAAAGAAAAAUAUAAAUGACAAUAAAAUACUUUUUUUUACUACUAA